CGAGUCGCUCCGGCCGCCCCGAGACCCAUGAGUAGCGCAAGUGUCGAGUGAAUCACGGUGAUGAAGGAUGCUAAAAUGGGUGGACCAUGUGUGGUGGUGUUUGUGCUCCUCUUCGGCGCCGCUGUAGCCGAAAGAAAGCUGACCAUAGCCGAGAAACUCCAGGAGGACGGAGAUCUCUCCCAGUUCCUGGCUCUCCUCGAGCGCAACGUGGUGGCCAACAUGAGUCUGCAGUACCGGCAGAUGACGCUGUUCGCGCCCACCAACCAGGCCUUCCAGGGGUACAAGCAGGAGCUCGACGACUCGCUCGUGCUCUACCACAUAUCCAAUUUAGCUACCACACUGAAGAACCUGGACUACUCCAUAUCGUCUGAGCUGGACGGCAACCCGCCACUGUGGGUGACGCGCCGACGAGACACCAUGCACGACGACAUCUACGUCAACAACGCCAAGGUCCUCAUCUCGCGCUCCUACCAGGCCACUAACAGGAACGGGAAGCUGCAAGUGCUGCACGUGAUCGACCAGGUGCUGCAGCCGCUGCUGCCGCACGGGUCCAGCUCUAUCGGCUCCCCCGUCUACAACCCCAAUGCCUACCAGUUCCUGGAACACUCUGACGUCUUCAACAUCGGACAGCAUCGGUUGAGAUCAUUCCGGCAAAAAGUGAAUCAAUUGCAGAAGAAACAAGUUUUUAACGCUGACGGAAGAAACACCUUCUUUAUUCCAGUUGACGAAGGGUUCAAGCCAACGACCCGAUCGGACCUGAUCGACGGCAAGGUGGUGGACGGUCACGUGAUCCCGCACCAGGUGCUGUUCACGCAGGCCACUGCUGACGGCCAGGAGUACGAGAGCAUGGCCUUCAGCGACAACGUCAAGGUCAUCAUAUCCUUCAGCACCUCUGUCAACGGCAAAGAGACCUUGACUUACGUGAAAUCGAAUACGGUCGCCGGGGACGCUAAACACAGCCGCGGGGUCGUCCUGGCCGACAUCGUGCGCGCCAACAUCCCCGUCAAGAACGGCGUGGUUCACCUCAUACAGCGACCGCUCAUGGUCGUCGACACCACCGUCGUCGACUUCCUCAAGGCAAUGAAGAUUUGUUUUGCACAGGACGAGGACGAGGGAAUUGAAAAAGAAGAUGGCCCCCUGUGCAAGUUCUACGAGGUGAUAAUGGACCUGGGAGAGAAUAACCAGUUCCUCAACGAGCUCACCAUGGCCAAGGACAUCACUCUCUUCGCACCCUCCAACGAUGCCUGGAACGAGAUCAGCGUGCAGAACAUCAUCAGGAAUCAUCAGAAGCUGAUGGAGAUCCUCAAUCUACAUCUGGUGAGGGAGAGGCUGCCCCUGGACGCCAUCAUACACAACAAUAUGAACCAGGAACAGCACCCCGGCACCAUAUACCAAGCGCCGACAGCCCUAGCGAGGAAAUACCUGUACUUCAACGUGGUGAACAACAAGGACAACCUGACGCUGACGGUCGAGGGCGGGGGGGUGAACGCGUCCGUCACGCAGACCAACAUCGCCGCCACUAACGGCUUCGUCCACAUCAUCGACAGGGUCCUCGGCGUCCCCUACACGACCGUCUUCGAGAAGCUCAAAACGGACCCCAUGCUGAACAUCACAUACAACAUGGGCAAGCGGCAGAUGUUCAACCACCAGCUGAGCGACAUGGAACACCGGUACACGUACUUCGUGCCCAGAGACCACGCCUGGCUCAAGUUCCAGAUCAAACACCCCUCCGCCUACAAGGCCCUGUUUAAAGAGGACUUCGGAUAUUAUACGAAGCAGAUCCUAGAGCGUCACGUGAUCCGUGCCGGUCGCGCGUACACCGUCUCCGACCUCAAACUGCUGGCGAACGAGACGCACCCCUUCGUGCUGCCCACCUCGCGAGAUCCACUCCGACUGCGAGUCAAGGAGUCUGAUAAGAAUUACUACGUGGAAUGGAACGGCCACUGGAUCCACGUGUUCCGGCCGGACGUGGAGUGCACCAACGGCAUCAUCCACGUCAUCGACGAGCCCUUCGUCCUCGAGAGCGACAUCCGAGCCACCGGCGCCGCCGACAACACCCGCCUGGCCCUGCUGACGCUACUGCUGUCCUUCGCCUUCGCGAGGAUUCUAGAGUAAGUCGGCAAUAUAUCUAUAGUCUGUUCUAGCAUAAGAAUCUCAUUUAUUGGCCAAUUCAAUCCGGUCGAUCUUGCCCUUUAGAUAAGACGUUCCCUUUAUCUCUUCUUUAUAGAAUCGCCAAUCAAAAUGUAUGGAAUUGACAUAAGAAGUAUAAUUGUAAUUCGAUUCGUGUAAUGUCAAUUCCAUACAUUUUGAUCGACGAUUCUAUAAAGAAGCGAUAAAGGGAACGUCUUGGCUAGGGGCUCUGGUGCAGGUGGAUGCGAUAUGAUGAAGUCCCGUGUGUGUGCACGAGUCAGGUUGUCCUGCCGCCUGCGUUCUGUAGGCCUACUACGAAACCGUGUUUUGAGACUCAAAUAAUCGUACG